GGCCGUUUAAAUGACACUUCCUACUCGGAAGACGGAACAUUUCCCAGGUCCUAAUCGGUUGUGAAUGCAGCAUAAGUCAAACGCAGUAGCACGCAUGCCCAGGACGGUUGACGCUGAAAGAGAAUCUGGUAGCGGUAUUGAAAGUCUUGCUAUCGCUUGUAGCCCAGCGCGACCCCUGAAACCGUGUUCUGUUGGAUUCGGACACACAGAACAGCGAUUAUUCAGGAGGAGCCGCCGUGCCGCGGUCCCGCUUAUCUCUGAGCUCCAGUCUCCGUUCUGUGUUUUCUGCCCUGUGGCCAAGCUAAAAGAUGGUGAAGCCAGACAUUCACACUCUGGCCCACCACCUGAAACAGGAGAGGCUAUAUGUUGCUUCAGAGAAACAGCUUAUCCAGCGUCUCAAUUGUGAAGUACUAAAGACAGCAGAAAGGCUCUAUCGUUCAGCCUGGAUAGCCAAACAACAGAGGAUUAACCUUGAUCGCCUCAUUCUCACCAGUGCUGAAGCAUCCCCAGCUGAAUGCUGCUUGCAUGCUAAGGUGUUAGAGAGUACACAGUUUGUUGAUGGCUACAAGACUCUGGGCUUUCAGGAGAGUAUCUAUGGAGAAUUCCUCGGGCGACUGAGGGAAAAUCCACGCCUGGUGGCCUCGUGUCUGGUUGCUGGGGAGAAACUUAACCAUGAACAUACACAAGGAGUGAUCCAUACUGUAUUUACCUCACUUUAUGGCAACUGCAUCAUGCAAGAGGAUGAAAUUUACCUACUACAAGUCCUGCGUUACCUUGUUGAGUUUGAACUUAAGGAAAGUGAUAAUCCACGUCGUCUGCUAAGGCGGGGCACAUGUGCUUUCAGUAUCCUGUUCAAGCUAUUCUCUGAGGGUCUUUACUCUGCCAAGCUAUUUCUUACUGCCACCUUACAUGAGCCCAUUAUGCAGUUACUGGUGGAGGAUGAAGACCACCUUGAGACUGAUCCAGCCAAAGUGACUGAAAGAUUUACCCCAACACAACAGGAGCGCCUGUUCGGGGAAAAGGGUUCUGAUUCUUACUGUCAAAAAGUUCAGGCCGUUGUUGAAUCCAACCAAGCCAAGCUGGUGACUCUUGUUAACUCAUUUAUUGGCUAUUUGAAGCGAAACACCUACUGCUUUCCUCAGAGCUUGCGUUGGAUUGUAUCACAGCUGUAUAAGUCACUGGCACAAGUGGAGGGGCUGGAGUUUGGGGAGGUGAGGACCAUGUGCACAGACCUGUUGCUGACUUGUUUCAUCUGCCCAGCCAUUGUCAACCCUGAACAGUAUGGAAUCAUAUCCGAUGCUCCCAUAAAUGAAGUGGCACGCUUCAAUCUAAUGCAGGUGGGGCAGUUGCUACAGCAGUUAGCCAUGGCUGAUACAGAUGAAGUAGAUCCUCGACGGAAGAGCAAUUUGUCAAAAUUUGACAAAAGUUGUGUUGCGGCCUUUUUGGAUGUAAUGACUGGUGGCCGAAUUGUGGAAACCCCUCCCAUGUCUUCAGUGGACCUUUUAGAGGGUCUCACACGAACUGUUAUUUAUAUCACAAACAACCAGCUCCUGGCUUUGGUGGACUUUGUGCGUUGUGUGACGGCUGCUGACCAACUCAGAGAGGAAGACCAGUUAGCUCUGGAGACUCUGCUAGCCAAUUUACCUCAGUCUAAUGCAGUUAAGAGCAACAGUUUGGAUCUCACACCACAGCUCUCCCCAGCUACUACACCUGCCAACAGGAAGAACAGACUACCCCUAGCAGCCACCCGGAGCCGCUCUCGCUCUAACAUCACUCAGGAUAUUGAGUCGGAUGCUAGCUACCAGGACCCGCAGCAGGAAGUCAUGCCUGAGGAGGUGCUGGUGAUUUCAUUAGGAACUUCCUCUCAGACUAUGCCUGGAAUGAUGCCUGAAAACGAGGUGCUGAACUUGCAGCUUGCAGAUGAAGCUCAAGGAGAUACCCCAGCUGAUGAGGCUAAACUGCAUGGAAAACCUGAUAAAACUCUUCGCUUCUCUCUAUGCAGUGACAAUCUGGAAGGAGUCUCGGAGGGGCCAUCUAACCGCUCUAAUUCUGUCUCAUCCCUGGACAUGGAAGCAGAAUCUGUAUCUGACUUAGGCCCAGGGACAUCCAUCAGUAAUGGUGUUGAAGCUCUGCAGCUACUGGAGCAUGAACAAGCCACAACACAAGAUAAUCUAGACGACAAACUCAGAAAGUUUGAGAUUCGAGAUAUGAUGGGUCUGACAGAUGAUCGGGAUAUCUCUGAGACAGUUAGUGAAACCUGGAGCACUGAUGUUCUUGGUAGUGACUUUGAUCCUAAUAUAGACGAAGACAGACUUCAGGAAAUAUCGGGGGCUAUGGUGGAAAACAUGCUGGGGAGUCUGCUUUGCUUCCCAACACCUGGUCCUAUUCUUUUGGACCCCUGCGGUUCAACUAUGUCUGAGACCACAAGUGAGGCCUGGAGUGUGGAAGUCCUGCCCAGUGACUCGGAAACUGCAGAUUUAAAACAAGAGGAGCGCUUGCAGGAGUUAGAAAGCUGCUCUGGCGUGGGCAGCACUUCAGAUGAUACUGAAGUCCGAGAGGUCAGCUCUCGACCAAGCACCCCAGGAUUAAGCAUCAUCUCAGGUAUUAGUGCAACCUCUGAAGAUAUCCCCAACAAGAUUGAAGACCUGCGCUCGGAAUGUAGUUCAGAUUUUGGAGGCAAAGACUCAGUCACAAGCCCAGAUGGAGAAGAUUCUGUACAAGGAGCACAUGGGUUGUCCUGUGUACCUUCUCAAACGGACUCUCUGCUGAGCAUGUUUGAUCCUCUUUCCUCUGGUGAAGGUACUGGCACUAUUGUACGGCCCAAGGCACACUACACAAGACCCCCUCAUCCUCCGCCGGACCCACCAAUCCCAGAGACAUGUGCCAUAGGACCUUCUGAACCCAGGACAUCUCUGUUUUCUGCCCAUGAUCUGGAGCACCCCAAGCAGAGACACUCGUACCCUGAGCGUCUGGUAAGAAGUCGCAGCACAGACAUAGUCUAUGCAGGGCGCAGACCAAACAGUGAUCCAGGCAUAAACCGCAGAACCAUGGUGGAGGACCAGGACCAAGCAGCUGCUUUUCCAUCUGGUUCUACUACGUCCCCAAGCAAAGACUCACUGAAAGUUGAGACUGAUGACAAGAAGGACAGUGAUGAUGAGAAAUCAGAGAGGAACAGACCCUGGUGGAAGAAACGGUUUGUUCCUGCAAUUCCUAAAGUGCUCUAUUGGACUGCAGAGAGUGAAAUGCCAGCACCAAUCGCAGCAUUCCGAAAACGGGACAAGCAUGAGAAAGAUGAUCUUGGAGCAGAGAAGGGUUCCCAAGAUGAGCCUUCAUUAUCAGGCCUGAGCUGUCAUGCUCAGGCAGUAGAAGACAUAUUGGACAAAUACAGGAACAUUAAGAGACCCAGCCCAAGUGAGGGAGCAACACCAGCCACCUAUGACGUACCAGAAAUGUGUAAGGAGGGUGAAGGUGAUCAUAAAUCCCAGAGAAAUGAGGGACUGCAGAACAUCUCAACGGAUGACCUGACCGACUCGGCCAGAGAGAUGGCACAGCCUCAGGACAGCAAGUUUUCCUUUAGCGAUGCUAAGAAGAAAUUACGUCUGGCUCUAUGCUCUGCAGAUUCAGUAGUUUUUCCCAUCAUGCCCACUGUAACCCGGAAUGGCCUUCCUGACCAUGCAGACCCUGAGGACAAUGAAAUUGUGUGCUUUCUGAAAGUGCAGCUGGCAGAGGCUAUUAACUUGCAGGAUAAAAACCAGAUGGCUCAGAUCCAAGAGACUAUGCGCUGUGUCAGUCGCCUAGAUCCACGGACCUGCAGAAAGCUGCUAACAGCAAUUGCUGAGGACUACAGAAAGCGGGCUCCAUACAUAGCGUAUUUGACACGGUGCCGGCAGGGGCUGCAGACUUCUCAGGCUCAUCUAGAGAAGCUAUUGCAGAGAGUACUUAGAGAUAAAGAAGUGGCCAAUCGCUAUUUUACUACUGUCUGUGUCCGACUGCUUCUAGAACAUAUGGAGUCCAAGAUGCAAGACUUUAUUAAAGCAUUUCAGGGUUUCACAGCAGCUGAUGAUAAAACUGCAGCAGUAGAGGAUUUCCUGCGCUACCUCUAUGGUGCAAUGGCACAUGAUGCUAUCUGGCAGUAUGCCAGUGAGGAACAGCUACAGGAUGCCCAGAUGGCUAUUGAGCGCAGUGUCAUGAACCGCAUCUUUAAACUAGCUUUUUACCCAAACCAGGAUGGAGACAUUCUUCGAGACCAGGUUCUGCAAGAGCAUAUUAAUCGCCUGUCCAAAGUGGUGACUGCCAACCACAAGGCUCUCCAAAUCCCAGAGGUCUAUCUGAAAGAGGCUCCAUGGCCUUCUGCACAGGCAGAAAUCAGGACGAUUAGUGCGUACAAGACACCAAGGGACAAAGUGCAGUGCAUCCUGCGAAUGUGUUCAACAAUUAUGAAUCUCCUAAGCUUGGCCAAUGAGGAUGCUGUGCCUGGAGCUGAUGAUUUUGUCCCUGUGCUUGUGUUUGUCCUUAUAAAGGCAAACCCACCCUGCCUUCUGUCCACCAUUCAGUACAUCUGUAAUUUCUAUGCCAGUCAGCUGAGUGGAGAGGAGUGCUACUGGUGGAUGCAGUUUACAGCCGCUGUUGAAUUUAUUAAAACUAUUGAUGAGCGCAAGUGAACCAGAACAGCCACCUGUAUAGGCAACUAUUGAAGAAGCUUGAGAAAAAAAUUUGAAUUCACAACCAACUACACUAUCUUUCACAAAAGCCACAAAUCAUGGCACUGUUAACUAGCUUAUUUAGAUGUAUUUAGAGCCACAGAGGCAUUGAAUGUUUAAAAAAAAAAGAAAGAAAAGUGCAAAUUUAUUAAAAAAAAUAAAAGUAAACUAUGUAAAAUUGUGAGGUGUUGAAGCUAGAUUUAACUGUAGAUGAGAGUGCACCAUAUAUUGACCUUAAACUCAUUUGGACUACACUCCUUUAUUCUGAGUGAGGUGGUGGGAAGCAUUUUUUUUUUUAAGGUUAAUAAUGACAUUGGGUAUUAAAGUAUCUGAAAGAAAGAAGGGACCAGGUUAUAUAUAUUUUUUUGUUUGUUUGUUUUUGAUUGUGUACUUAUUAGUGGUGGCAAGCUUCAGAGAAACCAUGCAUUCUUAUACAUUUUGCAACCAUUUAUCAUUUCAAGUCCUCUAGCUUGAUGCAGACAGAUGAACAUCAGUAGAAUAUUUUCCUGUUGCAUUUUUUGUGAUUGUUAUUUGAAUCACAGGUUUUAAAAAGGCAUUGGUUAAAUUUGUGUAUGCUGUUUUUCAUGUUCAUUUCUCAUUUCCUCAACAUGUAAGGGCAUGCAUAUUUAUAUAACUAAAAUUAUAUUUAUUCUUUGUUUUAUAUGUAAUGUUAUUUUCCAAAAUCAACCAUUAGAUGAAAAUAAGAGAAAUUUAGAUAUAUUUCUCAAAUUAUAUGAUAAAUAUUAAGAACUGACAAAACAGGGUUUCCUUGCAAACGAGUUGUGCUGUGUAUAAACCUAUAUUUGCUUAGCAACUUUCUGGUUUAAUUUUCUUUUAAUUUAAAAUUAUUUUUAGUAAUUUAGUUUUUGCUUUGGUGUAUGUUCAGCCACUUAUUAGAGUUCUGUGAUGAUUAAAAAACAACUAAAAUGGUGCCUGUAAAGCUUAUUAUUGUAGAAAUAAAAACGUAAUACUUUAUUACCUACAAUCCACAAUUGGCUUAGAAAUGAGAAAAAUAUUUCUUCAAAAAUACAAUGAAAUGGGCCCAUUCACAGAACUCCAAAAGUCACAUUUUUCUUUAAGACAGAACUAAAAUAAACUGUAGUACCUUCUAUUAUAUUUGUCAUUUUUAGCCUCCCAUUUAGCUAAUAAUGUGUGGAUUACUAAAUUCCACCUACCAAAGACCUUCAUUUACAGCAUGAAUGGUCAUUAAAAAAAUGUUAAUGGUUGUUUUUUUUUCUUUCCCCUCACAAUACUGUGGUUCCAUAUAUCUAAUCAUUUUUCUUGAAAAUGUAGUUUCUUUAUUAUGCAUUUUGUUGGCAUGGUUUGCUAUGGGUUAAUAAUGAGAAUAAUGGUUGUAGUGUUAAAAGAAUUUUCAUUGUAUUGUAAAAUUAUGCAUUAUAUCUAACCAGUUUGACUUGGAACCAUACUACAUUUUUAUGUAAAAGCUCAAGAAUCUUUGACCAAUCUUUGUCCACCACUCUUUGUAAAGAGUAUGCUCAAUAUUUUGAUCAGAAAUAGUAUGAUUGAUGUGCACACAUGGGAGAAAACUGCCUGUGAUUUAAUAUACACUUGUAUAUAAUUCUUAAACAAUUAUUAAACUUUUUUUGUUUGUAA